UUUAUAUGGUAAAUGCCAAGAACAAUGUAAUUGGAAUAGGAUGAGAAAGAAGACUGCAUAGUUAGUUUAUUCAUUCCAUUAGCCAUAGCAGCAGUGUUGUGUGGCGGUGACAACCAUGGCCGACUCCUCUCAAGACCUCGACCAACUCCUCGAUAGUGCUUUGGAUGAUUUUCAGUCCUUCAACCUUAAUCCUUCUCUUCCAAGUGGGGGAGCAAUUGCGAGCAAAAACGAGAGUCCUUCGUUGCCGUCGGGGGUUCAGGGAUUGGGCAUGGGUUUACCUGAUUUGAGAACGAAGAAAAAGGGGAAGCAGAAGGCUUCGAAGGACAGCCACGUGGCGGAGGCGCUGAACAAGCUGAGGGAGCAGACCAGAGAGGCUGUGAAGGGCCUGGAGUCUAUGAACCCUCCUGCUGCUGAUGAUUUGGGGAAGGAUGCAUUGAUGGAAGAUUGGGUCAAACAGUUUGAGCAGCUUGCUGGCUCUCAGGAUAUGGAAUCUAUUGUGGAGACCAUGAUGCAGCAACUUCUGUCCAAAGAGAUUCUUCACGAACCAAUGAAAGAAAUAGCAGAAAAAUAUCCUAAGUGGCUGGAAGACCACAAAUCUAGCUUAAGCAAAGAAGAAUAUGACCGUUACGCACACCAAUAUGAAUUGAUACGAAACCUGAAUGAAGUUUACGAAAAUGAUGCCGUAAACUUUAACAAGAUUGUCGAGCUCAUGCAGAAAAUGCAAGAAUGUGGACAACCACCAAAUGAAAUCGUCCAGGAGCUUGCUCCGGAUUUCGAUUUAGCGAGUCUUGGCCAGAUAUCUCCAGAGAUGCUUGAAGGUCAGCAAAAUUGUUGCAUAAUGUGAAGCUAUUUCUUGCCAUUUAUCAAGUCUCUUUGACGGUUUACAUUACAGAUUUUUAGGAAUAUUUGAUUUUCGCGUGUCAGAAUAAGAUAGUUUUAUGUGCUACAAUGUUUUACCCUACUCACGACAAGGUUACGAGGAAACCACAAUUAAAGUCUCCUUUGAGGGUUCUAUAUAUCAAUAUUUUCUGCUGGAAA